GUACUACUUGCUUCACUAGGUAUACAUUGUUCUUCUCCAUCACAAAAUAAAAUAAAAUCACAAAAAAGUGAAAAAGGAAAAAUAAAUACUUCCUUCAAGUAACUAGUGAUUCCAUUGUCACUAAUAAAUGCUUUUUUACUAUAGAGUGUGAGGCUCAUUCACAGUCAUCAUAGCGCUAUUUAGAAGUUUGGAAUAUUUUUAAGUUAUAAAUAACAUUUUUUUGUUUCAUUUCAUCCUGAAAUCAUGAGAAAGAAACUAUGGUUUUUUCUCUUCCUGGCUUUCAUGGAAUGUUGUUAUCUUGGCAUGGCUAGGGGAAUUGUAGUGCAAGAGAAAUCAGAUGCAGUGAUUCCAGUUCCGGUGGGAGCAGUGUCAGCGCCACCAGAGGGAAACACAACAUUCAUUGAUGGAACAACAUGGUGUGUGGCACUUGCUGGUGUUUCACAAGCUGACUUACAGAAUGCUCUAGAUUGGGCUUGUGGACUUGGAAUGGCUGAUUGUAAAGCUAUACAGAAAGAUGGACCUUGUUUUCAACCAGACACGCUUGUUUCUCAUGCGUCUUUUGCUUUCAACAGCUAUUAUCAAACUAAUGGGAACUCUGAUAUUGCUUGCAAUUUUGGAGGAACUGCUUCUUUGACAAAAUUGAAUCCCAGUUAUGGAAAUUGUGCCUAUUCAUCACCUGGAUCUGUUGGUUCUUCUGCUUCAUUGGGAAAACAUAACCAAAGUUUAGUGUGGUUGAAACUCACUAUUUUGUUACUCUUUACAUACUAUUGGGUGUGACUAAUAAUAUUAUGUUAUGGUUGGGGGACAAAAAGAAAAAGAAAUUAGUGGAAGAUUAGGGAGUGUUAGCAUUUUGUAAUAGUGGUUAUGUUGAUGAUUAUAAGGUAUUCUUAGCUUUCAUUUUGGGGCAAGACAAGAAUCUACAAUUGUGCAAAUUAUAUCUUUUUGCAGUUUUAUUUUAAUUUCUA